AAGAUUGAUUAUUGGUGGAAACAGUCAAUCUAUGGCAUAAUUCCUCAUCAGUUCAAAAUGUCAUCUGGCUCAAGUGCUUCUACAAUAAAGGUUUGCGACAUGGCCCCAUGCCAAUCAGACUUCAAUGUUGAGGCUCUGCGACGACUUCUUUCAUCACCAAGACAGUACUUCAGCCUUGACGGUGUCGACAGAUCGGUUUGCGGCGAAGCUUACUGGUUCCUACUUCAAGAUGCUGUGGAAAGAUUCUGUUCAAAAGAUCUCUCUUAUUGCAUUCAGACAUGCAAGUGCCUGCUUGAUAUCACUUGGGAGAAGCUAAACACAGGUCAUUGGAAGGACGUCGCAAUCACGUGGAGACUAGCAUAUUCCUAUGUGUCACUCCUGAAGGCUUUGAGUGAAGUUUCAAUGAGUUCUCUCGAUGAUAAGUCAGAAUUGGAGUUGGCUAUAAAGACCUGUGAUAUGGGGCUACUGAUGGGAGCCCCAGUCCUUGACAAUGUACUGAGCAAGAUUGUUGCAGUGUUACAACCCAUUCUGUGCCCCUUGCAGACUACUGGUAAAGAAGGGGACAGUGUGAAUAAGGGACAGCACGAUUCUGAGGCUCAUGACUUGAAAAGACAAAAAGUAUUUUCAAUGCCAGAAAUAAGUCCCUCCCACAAGGUCCCCAGAAUACACUGUCCCUCUCUUGAUUAUUUCAAAAAGAAUUUUAUGGACUUGGAAAAUCCAGUGAUACUGGAAGGAUGCAUGGACUAUUGGCCAGCAUUGUCGGAAAGGAAAUGGACUCUUGAUUAUAUAAAGAAUGUAGCAGGAUAUAGGACAGUCCCAAUAGAAAUAGGUGCAAAAUACACAGAGGAAACCUGGUCACAAAAACUGCUCUCGGUUGGUGAAUUCAUUGAUCGGUUUCUUAUAUCCCCACAGGAGGGCAGCAGUGUAGGCUACUUGGCCCAGCACCAACUUUUUGACCAAAUUCCAGAAUUGAAAAAUGACAUCAGUGUUCCGACCUAUUGCUGCCUUGGUGAUGAGGAUGAUGUAGACAUAAAUGCUUGGUUUGGUCCAAGCGGUACAGUCUCCCCCUUGCAUCAAGAUCCAAAACAUAACUUCCUCGCACAAGUCUUAGGUGAUAAAUACAUCAAACUCUAUCCCGUCAUAGACUCCAAGUUUGUUUAUCCACACACCGAAGUCCUCUUGAACAAUACCAGUCAGGUUGAUGUUGAAAAUCCUGAUUUAGUUAAAUUUCCCGAGUUCAGGAAAGCGCGGUUGCAAGAAUGUGUUCUCAGAUCUGGUGAAAUGCUGUACAUUCCUAAAAAGCAUUGGCACUUCGUGCGGUCUUAUGGGAACCGAACAGUUUCUCUCCUUGGCCUGACAAGAUACCUGAAGGACCAGAACCACCUGUGGUGA